GGUGCUGGCGGGGGCGGGGCCGGGAAGGGGCCAUGGCCGCGCCGCGGGCUGCGCGGUCCCGCAAGGCUCUGUCUUCUGGAAGGCUGUCAGGAGCAGCUAAGCUAACAAAUGGAAGAAAACAGUUUGGCUUAAGGAAAGGAUGUCAUUCUGAUGUAGAACUCUGUUCCACUGAAUGUGACAAUCAGGUUGACACUGUUCAGAAUGGACUUGAUCAUUGUGCAGCUUUACUGAAGAAUAUCUUAGAAAAGGAAGCUACAGAUAGGGAGACUGUCCAUAGACAACCUGGGAAAACAACUACCUUUAAAUUUACCUCCAAGCCUUUGCUAACCAAAGGAAAUACUUCCAAGAAGAAAGGAUUAAAAAGAAUCAUUACUCCUGCCCCUGUCCAAAAAGAAAUUGUGCCCAUAUCAAAUAGAAAAGUUGCCUCAUCUACCACACCUUCCACUGAGAAGGAACUUUGCAGUGCAGCACAAAAUCAGAUGGUUCAAUCAAUUCCUGUGCCUUGCAGUGAACACUCUCCUGGGGCUUAUCAGAAGCUGUAUGAGCAUGUGCAAACUCAGAUGUCUCUGAUAACCUGCCAACCCCCACAGAAGAAUAAUGAAAUUCCUGCUGUAGCUGCUUGUCCUACCUCAAACCAGGGGUGCCAAAAUGUUGCAGCUUUGAAUUGUCAAUUACCUACCUCCACAUCAGCACUGUCCCUGCAGCACUCAGCUAAUUCCUUAUCCACUCAGUCAGGUGUUCCUGUAGACAGCGCCAAUGAACGUGUGCCAGAGGUGGGAGCACCUGUGGUUUGCCCAGUGGUUUCUGCUGCUCCUGCUGCACUAACGCAGCCUGGAGCUGCUGCCCUUCCUGCUGUGACCCCUUGUGCAGCACUGGCAGCAUCCACCCCUGCAGUGCCUGCACUGGUGCCAGCACCUCCUGCCACGGAGACAGCCCCGGGCCAGGAGCAGCAGAUGGGAGAGGCGGAGCUGGUGCGGUGCAUACAGGCCCUGCUGCAGUCCCGUGGGAUGCUGAAUGGGGCUGAACAGAGGGGCCAGCAUUGCUGCCCAGCACAGCAGGAUGGCUCCUGGGACACAGAGGAGAGUGAUCCUGGAGAGGAGGACACUGAGGACACGCUCAGCGAAGAGGAUGAACUGAAUGGACUCGACGUGUCUCCAGUGAGAGAUACAAGCUGUAAGACGAGUUACGGGAAGAAAAUUCUGAAAUCUAGAGAAGAAAGUCUGGAAGAAACAGCCCAUAAAAUUAGGACUGUAAAGUAUCUUAUGGCUGAGCUCAGAGCACUGGUAACAGAUCAAGGCGACUCAGCGGUGCUGCGGCUGAUGGGUGAACUCGAGCGCUCGGUGUCGCUGCUCCCGGCCGUGGUGGGCAGUGCCCGUGCCCAGGCUGGAGUGGCCCUGGCCCUGCAGCCCCUGCGCAGCGAGAACGCCCGGCUGCGCAGGAGACUGAGAAUAUUAAACCAGCAGCUUAGGGAACAAGGAAGCAGUGAGAUGACAUCUGGACAGAGCUGCAACUAUGAAUUGGUUUCUUUGCAGUCCUUGAAUAUGAUGCUCCAGAGCCAAUUGAAAGAAUCACAGAAAGGCCUUGAUUCACUGCAGGCUAAAAAUGAAGAACUACUGAAAAUAAUAGAAAGUCAGAAAGAGGAAAAUAAACAUCUUGCAAAAAGUAUUCAAGAUAAAGAAGAAGAACUGCUAGAAAACAAACAGCAUUAUGACAUUCAUUCCACCAAGCUCAAGAUUGAAGUGGAAGAGGCAUUAGGAACUGUGAAGAGCCUUCAGUUUAAGCUGGAAGCGUCAGAGAAAGAAAAUAAAAUUUUGGGGAUAACAUUACGUCAGCGUGAUGCAGAAGUUAAGAGACUGAGGGAAUUAACCAGAACCUUGCAGGGCAGCAUGGCCAAGCUUCUGUCUGAUCUCACAGGGGACAAUGUUAGACCCAAACCUGAAAAAACUCUCUCAAAGUCGCUUUUGGAAGACCAUGAAAAGCAGAUGCAACCCGAGCUGUUUCCUGGGAGUACUUCAGUGAUGACUUACCUUAAAACGUUAGAAAUGGAUCAUAUUUUGAUAGAUACAGAUCUUCAAUUCUCAAAUAAAAUUGGAGACGUAGAAAUGCAAAAUCUGUCCUAUGAAAAGUUUGCUGCUGAAGGAAGUAAAAUUAACAGUGCAGUCACAGAAGAACGAACAGCAGCUCCCAGAGGACCACCAGCUCCACCAAAGCAAGAUGCAGAAACAGGGAGUGAUUCUGGAACUUUGCUAGAUGACCAGAGCAAAUUGGAUGAGACAAUUUAUAUUCCCCUGAGCAGCAAUGCCUGUAACAAGCAGCCAGCAGUCUCUGGAAGAAGCGGUGUGCUACCCCAGGGCAGAGGGGCUUGUCGCAGGCUGGAUUACCACCGUGAGCCCCCAGGCUCUGUGCAGCACUAUGGACGUGAGGAUCCAACUCUACUGGAUAAAUUAAAUGCUGGGUACAGUGUGAAAAAGACUGUGGAAAACACACUUGAAGUCACAGGGGGUAAAGCAAAGCCAGAAGGAGACAAAGUCCAAGUGAGAGCAAGAGGCAUUGCAGGUGAGGCUGCAAAAGACUUGAUGGAUAAACCAGACCAGGCUCAGCCUGGUACACACCCUCGUGCAUCCAUGCCAUUUCCAACAGGGCUUUCUCAGAAAACAGGCAGUGAAACAGCUGAUUUUAGUUGCAUUUCAUUUGAGGAUUUCUCAGGGAGGUCUGACUGGAGUGCAUCUUCUUUCUCAACAUUUACUUCUCAAGAUGAAGAGGACUUCAAAAAUAGCUUAGCAGCCUUGGAUGCCAACAUAGCCAGGCUACAAAGGACUCUGCAAAGUAACAUUAGGAAACAAUGAGUGUGAGAAGACAAAAUGGGCUGCAGCUAUUUGGAUAAAUUAAGUUUUUCUGAAGUAUAUUAAGUGUGGUACUGAUACGUACAUUUGUAUGUAACAACUUGUUCCUAGCUGUCUCAAUUAUGGAUAGAAUUUGUUCCUCAUUAGGUGGUGGUGCUGUUCCCCUUCAUGUGUACCUCUUGAAAUAACUGGCUUUUUAUAUAAAACAGAAAUGCCUUUUUAAA